GGGAGUUUUACAAUGGUAAAUUGGAGGCGCUUAAUUGGCGCCGGGUUUAAGGUAAAACAGGGUAUUGCUAAACCCUCUAGCCCUAGGAAGAGCUCCAAGCGGCUCAGUGGGCCUGUAGCUAUGGCGGAUCCUUGCGCCGCGCUGCCCGAUGUUCCUGCCAAGCGCGCUCGCGAGGAGGAGGGAGGCGGCGAUGGGAUGAUCGUCGUCGAGAAUGGCUGCGGUAAAGUGGCCAAUGCGGCGGCGAUUAUCACGCAUGAGGAGACCGCCCCUGCUCCGGGCACCGGGCGGGCCAAUCUCUCGCGGAUCAUGCCCGGCUGGUUCUCCGAAUUGAGCCCGAUGUGGUCAGGCGAGGCUCAUUCCUUCGAGGUGAAGAAGGUCGUCUUUGAGGGCAAAUCAGACUUCCAAGAUGUGGUUGUCUUCGAUUCGGUCUCUUAUGGAAGGGUGCUCGUCCUGGAUGGAGUGAUUCAGCUCACUCAGAGAGACGAGUGUGCGUACCAGGAGAUGAUAGCACAUCUUCCACUUUGCUCCAUUGAAAACCCAGCAAAGGUUUUAGUUGUAGGAGGAGGAGAUGGCGGAGUACUUCGUGAAAUCUCCCGGCACGAGUCGGUUCAACAAAUCGACAUCUGCGAGAUCGACAAAAUGGUUGUCGAUGUAGCGAAAGAAUACUUCCCGGAGCUUGCCGUGGGAUUCUCCAAUCCACGAGUGAACCUCCACAUUGCUGAUGGUGUGGCUUUUGUUCGUGAUGCUGCCCCUGGAACUUACGAUGCGAUUAUAGUUGACUCUUCUGAUCCCGUUGGGCCAGCGCAGCAGCUCUUUGAGAAGCCGUUUUUCGAGUCCAUGGUGAAAGCCUUGCGGCCGGGCGGAGUCAUUUGUACCCAAGCCGAGAGUCCUUGGCUCCAUAUGCCUAUUAUAAAGGACAUAGUGGCAGCUUGCAGGCAAACGUUCAAGGGGUCCGUGAACUAUGCCUGGACCACAGUACCUUCGUAUCCAAGUGGAGUUAUCGGCUUCAUGUUGUGUUCCACCGAGGGGCCCGAUGUGAAUUUUCGGAACCCCGUCGUAUCUCUGGAUAAGCUGGAGAUGAUCACCAUCGGCGAGGGAGGCUCGGAGAAGCGUGUACCGCUGCCUCUCAAGUAUUACAACUCGGACAUGCACAAAGCUGCCUUUAGCCUGCCAAUGUUUGCAAAGCGUGAGCUGGAGCAUCUCCUCACGCCCUGAACCAAAGCGAGCAGGCCGGCAAAGGCCCUCUAGAGUAAUGCGGUUCUUUCCUCGCAGAUAAUUUGGUACUGGGUCGUUCCUUUCAAAGUUAUUAUUAAUGGGUGUCACCCGUGAUGGGGUGUCCACUGCUUUUCAGCUAUGUGCAGAUUGGACACACUCACUCACGCAGCAGUGGCUGUACGUACGAGUAUUCAGAGCAAAAAAAAUAUAUUGAAAAAGAAAGUCACACACA